AUGUCCGGGGCAGCCAAAAGAGCCGCCUCGCCCAGCAGAGCCAUCUCCCCGCCGCCGCUCAAAAGAAAAGUCGAGUCAACAGUCACAAAGCGCACUGUCGCCUCCUUUUUCACACCUACAUCUCAGAAGAAGCCCGAGAAGAUCACAUGGAGGGUCGUCAACAACAGCCUUGUGAUUGGAAAGUAUACGACCAGUCCGGGUGAACAACCUGCACGAAGAGAGAAGGCCAAAGUGGCCGCCUUUGAUUUUGACUCCACAUUGGUCGUGACAGCCUCUGGCAACGCCUUUCCCCGGGACUCUUCAGAUUGGAAGUGGUUUUCGCCCAAUGUACCGACAAAGCUCCAGGAGCUGAACGCGGAUGGGCAGAAGAGGAUCAGCCUGCAGAAAGACCUGAAGGGCGGCCGAGCCGAUUCGAAAAGCUUGACUAAUUUCAAGGAAAGGGUGACAGGCGUGAUGCGCCAGAUAGAUAUCCCCAUCAGCGUCUAUGCCGCCACGGCAGACGACGAGAAUAGAAAACCGCGAACGGGAAUGUGGAGGGAGUUUGUGGAAGACUACGACCUCGACGUCUUUGGCGUCGAUCUGUCUGCAUCAUUCUACGUGGGUGAUGCGGCCGGACGUCCCCGGGAUCACUCCAUAGUAGACCGAGGCUUCGCGGUGAACGUCGGGAUCCCGUUCAAGACACCCGAGCAGUUCUUCCUGAAUCAGGCGGCCCAAGAUGUCCAGGAGCCCUUCAACCCUUCUUCCUACCUGAAGACUGACACCGCGGACAACGCGCCCGUCCCUUUCGCCCGCCACAGUCCCCGGGAACUCGUCAUCUUCUGCGGCAGCCCUGGAGCCGGUAAAUCGACCUUUUACUGGAAUUACCUCGAGCCGCUAGGCUACGAGCGAGUCAACCAGGACAACCUCAAGACGAGACAGAAAUGCAUCAAAGUCGCCAAAGAGUUUCUCGCGGCCGGCUCCUCCGUCGUCGUGGACAACACAAACGCAGACCCCAACACACGCGCCGAAUGGGUGCGCGUCGCAAAGGAAUUCAACGUCCCCAUCCGAUGUGUCCACUUCACCAGCCCGCUGGAACUGUGCAAGCACAACAACGCCGUCCGUGCCGCGAAUCGAUCCUUGAACCCCGAAUCCCGCGCGCCACUGCCUGGCAUCGCAUUCGGCGAUUUCCUGAAACGCUUCAAAGAACCCACCAUGGAAGAAGGUUUCAGUGAUAUCGUCCGCGUGGAUUUCCGGUUUCAGGGGGACGAAGAGGCAAGACGGAUAUGGGGGCAGUACUGGGUUUGA